ACACUGCUGAGGCGGUGGUGAAGAUAACAUAAAAAAAACAAAAACUGAAGUGUGUGUGUGCGUUGCGGAAGAUGCAGAACGCACUUCAUGUCUUCUACUUGAUCACAUUCAGAAUACAUUUCAUGUCCCUUUUAUCAUAUUCCAUAAUUACUGAGAAGAAAUAACCUUAUGUUGAAUCAUUCACACUCACACAACUAUGACUAAUCACCUUGUUUUUUGUGCUUUCACUGUGCUUGCUCUCACUUACACUCUUCAGUUUCAAGCUCAUGCUUCUCCUUCAGGAUCAUUGAUCGAGCAUCUAUCUUCACUUCUCAAAUGGAGAAGGUCAAACUCAAAGACAUCUCAGUCAGAUGAGAAUGUUCUUCAAUUUGAGAAUGGUUAUGUAGUGGAGACUGUUGUUGAAGGAAAUGAUAUUGGGGUCGUUCCUCAUAGGAUCCUUGUUUCUGCCGAAGAUGGUGAAAUCUUUGCUGUUGAUGCAAUUAAUAGCAACAUUGUUCGAAUCACCCCGCCCUUAUCCCAAUAUAGUAGAGGAAGAUUGGUGGCGGGGUCGUUUCAAGGCUACACUGGUCAUGUAGAUGGAAAACCAAGUGAUUCUCGUUUCAAUCAUCCCAAAGGCAUAACUGUGGAUGAUAAAGGAAAUGUCUAUGUUGCUGAUACACAAAAUCUAGCUAUCAGAAAGAUUGGAGAUGCUGGUGUGACAACCAUUGCUGGAGGAAAGUCAAAUGUUGCAGGCUACAGGGAUGGUCCCAGUGAGGAUGCGAAGUUCUCAAAUGAUUUUGAUGUUGUGUAUGUUCGUCCAACCUGUUCCUUGUUGGUCAUAGAUAGAGGAAAUGCUGCUCUUCGCCAAAUCAAUCUCAACCAGGAGGAUUGUGAUUAUCAAUCUAGUUCAAUUUCUGUUACAGAUGUCCUCACAGUUGUUGGUGCUGUUUUAGUAGGAUACGCUACAUGCAGGUUUCAGCAAGGAUUUGGAUCAUCUUUCUUCCCCAAAACACCAUCAUCAAAAGGUGAAUUCAAAGGCCAAGACCAUAAGGGGGAGACAAAAUGGCCAUCUUUUAGACAACUUCUUGUGUAUCUUUCUAAUUUCUCCCUCAAAACAUUUAGUUCUUUCUUUCGAUUCAUACCAUGGCGUUCCAAAUCCGACAGCACCAAGAGAGGCUUGACACCGCAAAAUGAUCUUCUUAAGAUGCCGGAAGAUGAGGUAGAGGAGGUCCCCAUGGCAGAUAGGCAAAGGGCUUUUGAUUCACUUCUUACAGAAACUAAGCAAGUUCACACUCCGAGCACAGCUGAAAAAUAUUCACAAAUGAGGCCUGCAAAGAUAAAAUCAAGCUCUUCCAAGGAUCCCUCUUUGUUAAGAAAGCACCAUUCAUUGAAAAAACAGGAGUAUGCUGAGUUCUAUGGAUCAACUGAGGUUCCAUCUCAUGCCAAAUCUAAGAGCCAGAAGCAAAGGUCUAAACAUCGCAAACGAGAAAAGGUUGGACAUGUUCUUUCGGAGGGUGUUGGAGCAGAGAAAAAACCAGUUGAGAUGAGGGGUGUUGAUUAUGGUAAUCCGAGGUUUGAGCAUUACAAUACGAGGACCAAGUAUGUACCUGAGGAUUCCUUCCUUUUCAAUCCUCAUUAACAGGGUUUACACCUUUUUCUUGGUUCAUACAUGAAUAUCUGAUGAAAUUGAAGCAAGGAAGAUAUAUUCAAACUAAAGUUUCUACACUUAGCCAAGCAUUCAGAGGAAGAUAUAUUCUUGCUGAAGUUUUUACACUUAGCCAAGCAGGUGAUGUGAUCAUUAAGCACUAAUGCACCAGAUUCCAUCAGCAAUUAAUUUGACUUGACUUGGGCGAGAGUAAUAAGAUGAGAGUAGUAAUAAGAUACGUGAUAAGUUCUCGUGUUUCUUUUUAGAAAAACAUGCAGAUUGGGACAUAGUUUUUGAUCCCCUUACUUGACAAGUUGUAAUAGAAUUAGCUUCACUCACUUACCAAACUACUCAUCUCAAGGAGAUUACUACAUGCAAAAAAAGAGAGAUAGGAU